AUGUUUAGCGGUUGUAGUGGAAACAUAAACAUUCUAGGGCUUGAUAAUAUCCGAGCUGUAAGUAAACGAGUCAUCGAAUCGCACUCGGGUCUUGGCAAGUCUGUGCUGUUUACUAACUCACUGUGGAUGCUAGAAUACACGAGAGGCAGGCUGACAAGAGGCCUUGUUUCCAGCGCUCGAGGUCAUGGCGUUUGCUUAAUUCAUUGUAAAAACACCGACCAAAGGAUUUGCAAAGAUCACGGAAUCGCACUCGGCCUUGGCGUGCCUGCACGACACGCAGCUUCGCUACCUCAAGUCGACAAACGACAUCAAAUACGCAAAUAUUUAGCAUCGGCAUAA